GAUCAAAACACCACGAGCUACGAACGAGAAACCAAUGAACAGUGGCGAAGGAGAGGAUGUAAAAGCAAUAAAAGCUAGUCUAAGAUCCUGGUGGAAGAGUUUCGCUAAAAAGAAGACGGACUCACAAGUACCCAUAUUUGGUAUACCUUUACGUGAAUCCUUGAGGAAUGCCCACGUACAAAUUUCUACAGCCGCGCUUGACAGCGACGAUCACUUCGUAUGCGGCUUCGUGCCCGUAGUCGUAGCCAAAUGCGGCUUACAUCUGAAGGAGACUGCGACCGAAAUUGAGGGGACAUUCAGAAUUUCAGGCAGCGCUAAGCGUAUGAAAGAGCUGCAAACUAUUUUUGAAUCACCACCAAAGUUUGGUAAAAACCUCGAAUGGAAAAAGUACGCUUUCAAUAGUCACGACGUCGCUAGCGUCCUUAGGAGAUACUUAACCUUAAUGCCGGAACCCGUAAUACCGCAUGAAUUCUACGAACAAUUCAGAAACAUUUUGAAGCAGAAUGAUAAUGAUGCUGAUACGAUAUCUAAAUUUCAAUCACUCAUUGUUCAAUUACCAGGUGCCAAUCAGUGUCUUUUGCUUUAUGUUCUCGAUCUUUUAGCAGUUUUUGAUAGAAAAUCUGAUCAUAACAAAAUGAAUGCUUUCAAUUUGGCGGUUAUUUUCCAGCCCGGGAUUUUAUCACACCCUUCACAUGCUCAACAACCAGAUGAACUGAAGGAGAGUCAGGAAACACUCGAAUUCUUGAUAAAGCACCAAGAUCACUUUCUCUUUGCAUUGACAUCCAAAACGCAACAAGAUCAAUCAUCAAGUAAACACCAGAAUAAGGUACUCAAUUCACCUAUUUCCUCGAAAGGUGAAAUUUUAAUAACUCCGACUGACUCAGAUGAUGAGGAUAAUAAUGGCUGGGAAGUAAAGAAAUCCUCCAGUCUUACGCGAUCAAAGACCUCCUAUGCUAAAUCUAAAUCACCCAAUAAUCGUAAAGUUGCAGUCGAUAUGAGUAAUACUUUACAUCAACAAGAUGUCAACAUGGCAAGGAAUAGUAAUGCAGGCGAUAUUUUUGCUAUAAAUAAAGGUGCUAAUAUAUCUAGGAGAGCUACCACUCCAUCAAGAAGGCUAGGAAGCAAUGUACCAGAUAGCAUGGCUAAAAGGUUUAGAGCAGGUGAAAGCUUAUCACAACCUCUAGCUGGUACGAAUUAGUUAGCAUGUUUAUAUCUUCUCUACUCUAGUGUACUUUUAUAAUAUGGCUUUGUUUUAUAUGUUUAUGGUUGUUUUAGUCGCUAUCUAUUUCGAUGACGUCGUUGGAGGUUCUCUGAACUUCCGCAUUCCUCGGUUUAGCUGGAGAUUGAACAGUCUCUGGCUUUAUUCCUAAACGUUUAUCUAAUAUAUUGUCAAUUAUUUUUUCUCUGUUGUUUUCUAACUCUUCAACGCGACCACCUUUAAAAGCUAGUGACUGGGGCGUGAGUAGCAGCGUGCCGUGGAGGACUUGUACAUUCUUGACUAUCACCUUAGACCCUAUAGCCGUUGUUGAUAUUGAUAGAUUUGGUAUAGGCGCGUACUCGAACGCGUUGACUGACAUUCUACCAUCGCUUAGAACAAGUUUUAUAGUAUGUUUUUGCUCCUUAUUAUUUUUUAGACUGAGGGAAGAUAUACCAACAUCUGUAAUAGACUGUACUUGUAAUAGAAUUCCUUUGCUUGGUGUAGGGAAUAUACACUUGUUAUGCAACUCUAAUAUGUUAGACGGUAAACCACCGGUUGUAGAAUCUGCUAAAUCUGAGUUUAUGAAUUGCAGCUGCGUUUGUUUCAGCAACUCCUGGUUGUUCGUUAUACCCAUAUCUGAUCGCAGAUAAUCUAUACAGCUAUCGAGCCAUUCGUCAUCUAUACUAUUGUUUUUAUACAAAUGCUUUAUU